AUGGGACACUCAAUAACAUGGGAAUAUAGUGAGGAGUCCGAAGCCGAGGAGAUGGUCUCCCGCUGCUCGUACUGCGGGCGAUUCUGCAACAAAAGGGCCAUUCAUGGCAAGACAGGUCUCUGCUACCCAUGCAGAGAGACCCUCCGCAAGGAGGGUGACAAGAGAGCCCUGGAAACGGACUCUGAUACUGAGAGCGCCUCCUCCGGUCGCGGGGCCGAGGAGUGCGAGCCCGUCAAGGGCCAUCCUGCUGCCACGGCUGAGGCAGAGGAUGACUCUCAGUCAGCCAAGUCAGAGGAAGGGACCGCUCGCAGCAACCCAUGGCCCUCCCUUUGUGUGGUAUGCUUGCUACGUGUGAGAUUCGCUGACAUGGUCCCGAAACACUGGAAGGAAUGGAUGAAGGGUACCAAAAAGCGAUUCCAACCGCCGAACCCGCACUUACAAGCGGGUAAACGGUUGACAAGGGUCUGCGAUUCCUGCCGUCAGAAGAGGAAGCGCUGCGAGCACCGCAGAGUUGUCGAUGCCACUGAUCCGGAAGCCCACUGCCGCAAGAGAGGGAGAAAGAGAAAAUGCGAAGAGAUCAGUGAAGACAAGAAAGAAAGUGAAAGCAACAACGCCCCUACAAGGAGGGAGGAAGAACAAGACGUGCUAAUUGAUAUCCUUUCUUUUUUUUUUAUUGCAUUUUAUCCAGCAGAAAUCAUUGUUGUCGACGAUCCUGCAGAAGAACCUGGCUGUUCCGAUGAGAGCAUGAAUCACGCCAUCAAGGAGUCUCUGGACACCGUGUACAAAAGAGAACUGCUGAAACUCGAGGCCAUAGCGAACGAGAAGGUCGAUGAAGCCAACAAGGCCCUGGAUGCCGUCCGUGACUAUCUGCGCAGCUGGCUCGAACAUGUCAGAAGAGGCAACUCUCUCGGCAAACAGCAACUGCCAGAGCAACCAGAGAAAUUGGAUCCGUUAGAGCAACAAGAUCAACCACCACAGCCACUGCAACCACCAGAGCCAACUGCUCAAGAGGAGUGUGUUUGA